AUGGAGAACGUAAUUUCGCAGCUACACGUUCCAGGUGAUGAAGUGGUGAUUCGCAAGUCUGGAAGCUACCAUCCCACCGUUUGGGGUGAUUACUUUAUCUUACAGGCCCAGUCCUCCCCCAGUACACAGGAGUGCGAUGCAAGGAUGCAAGAGAGAGCUGCAGAACUGAUGGAGCAGGUAAGAAGCAUGUUCAAGGACACUACCGACAUCUUGCAUACUAUGGACUUGGUCGAUUCAAUCCAGCUUCUCGGAUUGAGUUAUCACUUCGAGAAAGAAAUAAGUGAAGCAUUAAACCGAGUCCAUGAUGCCGAUUUUAACGAUCAUGAUCUCUACGAUACUGCUCUCCGGUUUCGCCUGCUGAGACAACAAGGGUAUCAUGUGACCCCUGUUGUCUUUAACAAGUUCAAAGAUGAGGGAGGGAGUUUCAUGUCUACCUUGGGGAGUGAUGUGAAAGGACUGUUAAGCUUGUACAACGCAGCCUAUCUUGGGACUCAUGGGGAGAUCAUUCUUGAUGAAGCCAUCUCUUUUACGAGGAAUUACCUAGUGUCUGCAUCAGCCGAUCUUAAACCACCAUUAACAACGCAAGUGUCUCUCGACCUCGAGACACCUCUCUGUAGAAGAAUGAGAAGGCUCUUGGCAAGAGAAUACAUCUCUAUAUACCAAGAGGAUGCCACACGAGAUGAUGCCAUCCUGGAGCUUGCAAAGUUGGACUUCAAUUUGUUGCAAUCUCUUCAUCUCGAGGAGCUUGAGAACAUCACCAAGUGGUGGAAUGAGUUAGCCCCCUCAAAACAUCUCAGUUUUGCUCGAGAUCGAUUGGUGGAAUGCUACUUCUGGAUCCUGGGAAUAUACUUUGAACCCUACUAUUCUCGUGCACGAGAGAUAACAACCAAAGUGAUUGCCCUUAUUUCAAUUUUGGACGACAUAUAUGAUGUUUAUAGCACAUUGGAGGAGAGUCAACGACUAACUGAGGCAAUUCAAAGGUGGGACGUGAAGAUUGUUCAUCAAUUACCAGAGUACAUGAAAGAUUAUUAUCUAAAGCUAAUGCACACCUUUAAAGAAUUUGAAGAUUUAUUGGCUUCCAAUGAGAAAUAUCGCAUAACCUAUCUAAAGGAAGCGUGUUGA